GUUGUUUAUCAUUUCUUUGUGUUUUUUGCUUAGGUCAUAUUAUGUUGCAUGCUGAAAGGUGAAACUCUGAUACCACAAGGUAUGAAUCUAGGAAAAUAAUUAUUUUUUCUUUUGUUACAGAAAACUAUGCUGAGUUUUGGUGUUCUCAACUAAAAAAUUCAGAAUCUCUUUUUGCCAGAUGUCACACAGUCAUCGAUCCCGCGGAAUAUUACAAGAGGUGUAAAUACGACGCCUGCAGCUGCUCGAACAGUGAGGAAUGCUUGUGUGCGGCCCUCUCCUCUUACGUAAGGGCCUGUGCCUUCAAAGGGAUCAUGCUGGGAGGUUGGAGACAAAAUGUCUGCAACAAAGAAGUGUCCUCUUGCCCAUACUCCCAAGUCUUCCUUUACAAUUUGACGACAUGUCAACAUACCUGUCGCUCCCUUGCUGAUGGCCAAAAUCAGUGCGUGAAGGGCUUCAUUCCAGUGGAUGGCUGUGGCUGCCCUGGUAACACCUAUAUGGAUGAGAAGGGUAAAUGUGUGCAUAUCUCCCAGUGUUCAUGCUACCACAGAGGAACAUACCUGGAACCUGGAGAUGUUAUCUUUAAACAAGAAGAACGCUGUGUUUGCCGAAAUGGAGUUCUCCAUUGCACUCAAGUGAAGAUAACAGGGGAAAAGUGUCCGUCUCACAAGAUUCACUUAGAUUGCAGCAACGUCAACUCUAAGUCUUCUCCAGUCCUUCCGCAGCUAAGCUGCCAUUCUCUGGAUGCUGGCUAUUUCUCAACAGAGUGCGUGUCAGGGUGUAUUUGUCCUUAUGGACUGAUUGAUGAUGGCAGAGGGGGUUGUGUGAGAGAGAAGGACUGUCCAUGUAUUCAUAACAAGGAGUUUUAUUCUCCGGGACACACUGUAUCAGUGGGCUGCAACAAAUGUACCUGCCAUAAAGGAAGAUGGAAUUGUACCAGUGAUGAGUGCUAUGGGACUUGUACUAUAUAUGGAAGUGGUCAUUAUCUCACCUUUGAUGGAAAACACUAUGACUUUGAUGGGCACUGUGAAUAUGUGGCUGCCCAGGAUUAUUGUGGUGAUAACCUCAGUGGUACAUUUAGUAUCAUCACAGUGAAUGUUCCAUGUGGAACCACUGGAGUCACCUGCUCAAAGGCUAUUAAAGUAUUUCUCAUGGGAAUUGAACUGAAGUUGGAGGACAAGCACUAUGUAGAAAUUCGUCAAAAUGUUAGCAGAGAUGUAUUUUAUUGGACUCGGACUGUGGGGCUUUAUCUGGUUAUUGAAACCAGCAAUGGUAUGAUGAUCAUCUGGGAUAAGAAGACUACUAUUUUCAUAAAGCUGACCCCUAAUUACAAGGGCAAAAUCUGUGGUUUGUGUGGCAACUUUGAUGACAAGUCCAACAAUGACUUCACAACCCGGGGUAGGCUACAUGUGUCCAGUCCUCUGGAGUUUGGGAAUUCCUGGAGAUCAGCCAGUAACUGCCCUGAUGUGGAGAAUGAGAUUAUGCCCUGCGAACUGAAACCCCACCGCAAGUCCUGGGCGGAGAAGGAAUGCAGCAUAAUUCGGAGUCAAGUCUUUAAAGUUUGUCACAACAAGGUGAACCCAAUUCCAUUCUAUGACAAUUGUGUUCACGAUGCCUGUUCCUGUGACACCGGGGGAGACUGCGAGUGCUUCUGUUCUGCAGUUGCUGCUUAUGCCCAAGCGUGCAUAAAGAUUGGAGCUUGUGUCCACUGGAGAACCCCUGAUAUAUGCCCAAUAUAUUGUGAUUACUACAACCAUUAUGAUGAAUGUACAUGGCACUAUGAACCUUGUGGCCAUAAUAUAUCUACUUGCAGACUCCUUAGCAAUGCCAGCACCAACUUCCCACUGACAUAUCUGGAAGGUUGCUACCCCAGAUGCCCUAAAGAGAAAUCCAUUUAUGAUGAAGACCGUGGAAUAUGUGUAGAAAUAUGUCCCUGUUAUGUAAAUGAUAUUCGUUAUGAACAUGGUGAAAAAGUACCCUCAAAGCAGCCUUGUGAGGAAUGUAUCUGUAUCUCAGGAAGAAAUGUGACAUGCACUCUUAAAUCAGGCUGCCCCUCAACCACCACUCCGCCUUCAACUACCACCCCACCCACUACUACAACUACAACUACAACUACAACUACAACUACAACUACAACUACAACUACAACUACAACUACAACUACAACUACAACUACAACUACAACUACAACUACAACUACAACUACAACUACCAGUGUGUCAACAUCAACCACCCCAACAGAACCAUGUGUGUGUUGGUGGUCUGGCUGGAUUGAUGUGAGUUACCCAGAUUUUUUCCAAAACCCGGGUGAUUAUGAAACCUAUGAAAACAUAAGAAAAUGGAAUGACUCAGCGAUAUGUGAGGAGCCAGUUGGUAUAGAAUGCAGAGCUGAGAGAUAUCCUGACUUACCACUUCAAGAUUUAGGACAGAUAGUGAAAUGUGAUGUUUCCACUGGGCUUGUCUGUAACAAUAAAGACCAAACGCCAGGACCCUUAAUGCCAGUACCUAAGUGCCUCAAUUAUGAGAUCCGCGUUAACUGCUGCAAAGACAUAUGUGAACCUACUACUACAACAACGACAAUUUCCACCACCACCACAGAAACGACCACGUCAAAGACAACACCUACCACAACCUCCACCACGAAAGAAACAACUCCCCCAUCAACAACAACACCUACCACCACCACUACCACAACCACUGAAACAACUACCCCAUCGACAACAACACCUACCACCACCUCUACUACAACCACUACCCUAUCGACAACAACACCUACCACCACCACCACAGGAGCAGCCACCCCAUCCUCGGUGUCCCCAUCCGGCUCCCUUAUUUUGAACCUCUAA